AUGGAAAAAGUCAAUCUAACCUCCGACUUUGUUCUUCUGUGCUUCUCUGACCUUCACUACAACCAUGCCGCUCUCUUCUCCACCAUUCUGGUCAUAUACGUCCUCACAUGGACUGCUAACGUAGUUCUAGUAAGUGCUAUUAAACUUUCUCCACAGUUGCACACACCGAUGUACUUUUACUUGGGGAACCUGUCAGUAGUGGACAUCUCUUUCUCUACGGUAACAGUUCCCAAGCUUCUAUCCUGCAUUCUUCAUGGAGCAACCUCAAUCUCCUUCCUUGGCUGUUUCCUGCAGAUGUUCUUCUUUCUGUUAUUGGGGGUCACUGAGAUUCUCCUUUUGACAGUCAUGGCCUUUGACCGAUAUUUAGCUAUUUGUAACCCCUUACGUUAUACAUCAUUAAUGAAUGAGAAGGUUAUGGUUAUGCUUACUACCACGUGUUGGGUAGCAGGAUCUCUACAUUCAUGUUUACAUAGUUUGAGUCUCUCACAAUUAACCUACUGUGAGGACAGACUGAUCCACCACUUUCUCUGUGACGUGACACCCCUCAUCAAACUGUCCUGCUCUAGUACCAUACUAGCUGAGCUCUUAAUAUACACUGAAGGUUCUAUAGCUGGUAACAUUCCAUUCCUUUUCAUUUUCAUUUCCUACAUGCUAAUUGGAUGGGCUAUAGUGAAAAUGAAAAGCAGCAGCAGCCAAAGCAAAGCCUUCUCCUCCUGUUCUUCUCAUCUCAUGGUCAUUUGCUUGUUCUAUGGUACCAUCAUUUUUACUUACUUUCGACCACCAUCAAACUACGCCUCCCAGUAUGAUCGCAUUGCCAGCAUGGCUUACACCAUCAUCACACCUAUGCUGAAUCCUUUCAUUUACAGCCUAAGGAACCAAGAUGUGAAAUGGGUUCUGAAGAAACUUUUCAUGAAAUGGCUUUAUUAUGGCUAA